AUGAAUGCUCCACACCCUCCCCCAGAAACUCCACUGCCGCCUUCGAAUCCACAGUCCGUUGCCGCCAACUCCAGUACCUGUCCCCGCCAACUCCAGUACCUGUCCCAGCCAGCACCUGUUCCCGACCACUUAGCUUUACCUCUAGUAGCAAUGCCUAAGUUCACCAAUCCCACCCUGAUGCACACCAAAGCCGGCACCCUCAAGUCUCCUCCCUAUCUUCAAGGGCAAAAGAAGGCCGACUGUGUCAAAAGCCACCGCCUGGCUGAUAUCAUCACCAAACAGUUCACACCAUUCCUUGCCAGGCAAGCUGCCACUCAAUCUGGUGGUCAAUCUGGUGAUCAAGCUGCCGGUCAAUCUGCUGAACCCAAAAAAGCACAGAGUGAUCGGGAGUUGGAAAGGGAUAUCAACAAGUGGAUAUGUCUCUCUGAGGGUAUGAAGUCUACUUGUGAGGAGGCCAAAGCCAACGGGGCCAAGUCAUUUAAGAUUUUCAAGGGCAAGAUUGGGAGUAUCAUUGAGGUGUUCUUUGACGUUGAGAUCUCUCAACCUGUAACGGAGCCAUUUCAACUGUCUGGUGUAUGA